AUGUGUGGAAUCUUCGCGCAGGGAUUUUCCAUGGGAGUUAUAAUCGAUGUUUUACAAAAUGAAGCCAAGAUUAACCAGGAAAAGUGCUCUCAGAUUGGAAUAGCUGAAAGCAAUGUUACUCUUAUGUAUGGACUUGAAAAUGCUAAAGUUGAGCGAUUGAUGAUCGGUCAUGUCCGAACACUGAGCGAAUGUGUUCAACUCGCCUGCCGAAGAGAAAAUGUUUCUUUAGCAUAUACAUCAAGAUUCGAUUGUUACGGAGUUCGUUGUAAUGACGAUAAAGAAGCAUGCUGGCUUUUACCGAGUUUUAAACAUCCGACACUCGUAUUUGCAAGAAUUCACCGUGGAGCGGCGGUUGGAAAUGAUGCUAGCAAAAAAGCAGAACAUUCAAGUCCACUCUCUCAUGAAUUAAAAGCAGAGAGAAAAAUAUCGCCGAAUGCUCAUACGGGUGAGACAGGGGAUGAAAGUAAAGACUUUAAAGUAAAAACUCGCGAAAGGCGUUCCAAUGAAAAGUCUUUGAUAGACUUUUUGAGUCAACGUAGUGUAAAACCAGAUAGAACUACUCCAGAACCURCAAUAUUAUCACGGGGUAAGCGUUUUAAUGAACUUGAAUAUGAAUGGAAACGCCGGCGGAAAUCUGGAUUUCUACUUAAAAGAGACAAUAAAGAUGUUAAUGUCAUCUCAAGAACUCGACAGUUUAAGAAUUCUGAUAAUAAAAUCUUAGAAAGAUUCAAGAGAGAUGUCGAUGAGGAUGACGGCUUUGAUGACCCUGGACCAGAUAUUCCAGGUGCAGAUGUAAAAACAAAUGGGCAUUAUAGAGCGCUGCAACGCUUCAAACGUGAAUUUGACGAAAAUGUCGAUGGUGAUGAGCCCAAAGACAACCAAGSAAAAGAGCCAGAAGUUCGGCGAUUCAAGCGCAAACUUGAGGAUGAGGAUGAGGAUUCCUCACCCGAUGGGUUGUUAAGCACAAUUCUGCAAACCCGCCAUUCUAGUCCAAGCGACGAAAGCGCGCAAGAGCGCAGUGAAAAAGAACAGGAUAAUUCGCUGCGGCGAUUUAAGAGAAAAGCGUUAGAGCUUGAUAGGAUGAAAGAAAUCGGAGAAGGCAGACAGUCAAAUCAAGAAGAAAGUGUUGAAAAAAUGAAGACGAGUUUUGUUCCUCAAUCAACUUCACAAUCCACCACUGUAUCUUCAACUGUUAUAAUUUCACAACAACCGUCGGGUCAGAGUUCAACAACAACAACUUCAUCUACAACCUCAACUUCAACUAUGGGAAAGUCUCAGAAGACUUUAGACAAAGAAAGUCAUUCCAAUGCAAUAUCCCCAAAGUCUAUUUUGCGCAAUGAUAAAGACAGUGUUGAAACGAAGGAAAAGGGAUUAUUAGAGAAAACAAAACCAGCUUACUCUCCUCAAGACAAUGAAUCAUCGACUUCAAGUGUGACUGUAGACAUUCCAGUACGACUGCCUCUCCCACGUCUUCCUCAACCACAAACGUCMACUUCAUCAUCUCCCUCAUCAUCGACUUCAACUGUGUCUGUAGAAAUCCCUGUACGACUGCCUCCCCCAUCGCAGUCUCAACCACAAAUAACAACGUCUACAUCAACUUCUCCAUCGAAAAGGAAAGCAAAGUCCGAUUUAACUUCUUGGCCUAAAGAAAAGUUUAGCUCGAUUCCUCAAUCGUCUUCGCAGUCCACAACAAUGUCUUCAACUAUAUUAAUUUCACAACAACCGUCCGGUCAGACAUCAACAUCUACAUCUACAUCCACAACCUCAAGUUCGACUUCAACAAUGGGCAAAUCUCAACAGUCCAAAGUCAAUUCAAAUAUCAAGAAAUCAUCUGCUCUUCCACAAGAGGCAACAUCAACGUCCACCUCUACAGCUACUGCAGUAAUUAGACCGCCGCCGCCGCCACCACCUCCUCCCCCACCAUCUUCAUCAUCGAGCUCCUCCUCUACUUCAACUCUAUUGCAAUAA